CACGCCCUUUUUGCAUUCUUUUCUCUUUUUUCCAGUAUUCAUCGCCCCCAUUCAAGCAAUUUUUGUAUCUCCAAACAUCCAUUGGAGCACAUUCAGAAAUAAUAAAAUAUAAACUCAUCAGUGUCACGAGCAGCAAAGAAUUUUCGUCAUGGGAAACGGCAUGAGUAGAGAUCCGGAUGACAUCUUUGACAAUGAAGUCAACCUUUUCCACUUCAAAUUACUCCGAGUAAUCGGCAAAGGAUCUUUUGGCAAGGUUCGCAUGGUAGAAAGGCGAGAGACCGGCAAGCUCUACGCACUCAAAUACAUCUCAAAAGCACAAGUUAUCAAAAUGGAUGCUGUACGGAAUAUUAUUCGUGAGCGACAGAUUCUCGAGUCGGUAGACCAUGCAUUUGUGGUCAACAUGCGCUUUGCAUUCCAAGAUGAUGAGUACAUGUAUAUGUGCAUGGAUCUCAUGAUGGGGGGCGAUCUCCGUUUUCAUAUGAAUAGAAGGACAUUCGGCGAAGACGUUGUGCGGUUUUGGAUUGCAGAGAUCAGUUGCGCUAUAAGUCAUCUUCAUGAACUUGGGAUUGUACAUAGGGAUAUCAAGCCAGACAAUAUCUUACUAGACGAAAAGGGUCAUGCCCAUAUUACAGACUUCAACAUUGGCUGUAAACUAACUCCUGAGAAACCAGUUUUGCAUUCACAGUCGGGGACAGUUGCAUACAUGGCUCCAGAGUUUUUUAAAGGAAAAGGAUAUGGUACAAGUGUGGAUUGGUGGGCGCUAGGUAUCAUCUUUUACGAAUGCAUCUAUAACCAACGCCCAUUUGUGACAGAAAAUAUUGGUGAGCUCAAAAGAGCUAUAUCGAGUCAGACAAUAGAAUAUCCAGUAAAGAGCACCAUUUCACGAGAGUGCGUGUCCGCCAUCCAAGGUUUCCUUACAAGAGAUCCUGCAGAGCGUUUAGGGGCUAUGGGGGGUAUGGAUGGCAUUCGAUACCAACCAUUCUUCCUUGCAGCAGCUCAAGAAGCACAUAUGAAUAUUGAUGAAUGGUGGUAUAUGCUCGAGAGAAAACAACUUACACCUAUAUUCCAGCCACCUGCCGAAGCCGCCAAUUUCGACGCGACAUAUGAUUUAGAGGAACUAUUAUUGGAUGAAGAUCCAUUAACAUAUCGGUCGACACGUAAGAGAGCUCAGAGACUUCACCGGGAAAGAGAACAGGCUCUUAGGGAUGAAAAUGCACGGCUUAAGGCGGAGCAUGAGGCUGCUGCACGGGCAGCAUUGGAAGCUGAGGCUGCUAUGGAAGCAAUGAAUAAGAAACUUGAAGAAGGUAUACGAAAGGCUAGGCUCUCUUCUUCUUCCUACUCUGGAGCAUUCGCCACCAACACAUCAAAUGCGGCCUCGCCACCUUCAUCCCAGCAACGCGCCACACUACCAGCGGUCGCCAAAAAGAGGUCGAUAUUACAUUUGUUCGGGAGCGACAGUCAUAAUGUCAAUAAAGGAUGCAGUGAAAAUGGAGAGACCGGGCAGACCACAUCGCUCCAGACGCAGUCACCGCCUAUACCCCAGCCGCAACCACAAAGCCAUCAUACAAUUUCCCAGCUGGCCAGACAGACGCAAUUUCAGUCUAUACCCCUGUCGCCUAUCGAUCCUCCUAAUGGAAGCCGUGAAUUUCAAACACCUCCAAUCCCGGCACUUAGGUUCCCACCUUCACCGCCACCAUGCCAUUAUACAUCAUUGCCAGUAGCAUCAGAAAUUCGGAAUGUCCCUAUAUCUCAACGAUCCUUAGACACAAAUAACUCGUUAGAUCAUCAUCCAUCUUCAUAUUACCGCCGCUCGCCCCCGAACCCACCUCGUCCGGACUCUUUUUCUAUUGUAAAGGGGUCCAACGGAGAAAAAAAUGGGACUACUGGGUUAACAGGUGACAAGCAACAGGAGCCGCAAGAGCUUUAUGCAUCAACAGCUGCUACUAGCGCAGCAAUAGUGGUUUCUCAGCAUCCGUUCCAAGCAGCACAUCCUCAGAAAGCUAUAACAUCACCUGUGAUUAUUCCAACACCUCUAGAUCAUUCAGUCUCACGGCAUAAGCAUAUUCCUCUUCAACAGUCUCAACCCCAACCUCUACCUCAAGCACCCCAUUUGCGGCAGCAGAGCUCUCAUCAACAACUACAACCGAGAAUCGGAGGAGGACUGAGGAGACCUCUGUCACCAACGCCAGCUGCGAUGAAUAUUGCAGCAGCAGCAGCAGCAGCGACGCUUUUAGCAGACAUGUCUGAAGAAGAAAGGUUCGAUUACAUGAUGGAUUUGAUCGACCGCGAAUUCACCACAUUUGACUACACUGUUUAUGAGAGCUAUCAUGGGCUGGUGGACCCUGUUACGAUGUCUGUGGGAAAUCCACCAGAAUGGGUUCGAAGUCGUGAUUGAACUUUUUAAUAAAUUUUGGUGGCGCAUGAAGGAGACG